CAAAGUGCUCAACUGGAGAUUCUGGAUUUCUCUCUCACAAAGAAAGGAGGAGAGAGAGAGAGAGAGAAAAAAGAAAGAAAGAAAGAAAGAAAGGCAUUGAAUAUAAAAACGAAGGACAAUCCUAAUCCUUCGUCAUUGCCAAAUUUCUCUCCGUAAAUCUAUUUCCUUUCUCUCUUUCUUUGUGUUCAUGUUGAACAGCAGCUGAGCAACAACCAACCCACAAAAAACCCAAAUCAAGUGAGAAAUGGCGGCAUCAGUUGAGAAAGACACUGUUAAUGAGGAGGUUGUGUCCGUCGAACUACCUGCUCCUCCUGGUUGGAAGAAAAAGUUUUUUCCUAAGCAAGGUAACUCCCCUAGGAAACAUGAGGUCAUCUUCACAACCCCAACAGGGGAGGAGAUCAACAACAAAAGAAAGUUGGAUCAGUACCUGAAGGCACACCCCGGUGGCCCAGCAGCUGCUGAAUUUGAUUGGGGCACAGGUGAGACGCCGAGGAGGUCAGCAAGGAUAAGUGAAAAGGCUAAAGUGUCUCCACCAAUGGAGAGUGAGCACCCAAAGAGAAAGAGAACUUCGGUGUCCAAGAAAGAUCUUAAAGAAACAGAAGCUGAACCAGAAGUAAUGGAGGAGAAGAAAGAAGUUGACAACCCAGAUGCUGGAAAAGAUGAAAGCAUGGCUGAUGCUGAGGUGAAAGAUGCCGAUAAGAAGGAAAAUCAAGAUGAGAAGGAAACAAAAAAUGAAGCUGCCGAAGCAGAGCCACCAAAGCCUGAUGACCAGUUGAAUGCGGGUAAUGAGGCUGAAAAACAAGAACAUAAGAUAACUAAUGAAUCAAAUCAAGAAAAAUCGGAAGGAAACCUCAAUGAGAAAGAACCUGAAAGCUCUAAAUUAAAUCUCAAUGAGAAUGUGGAAGGAGCAAAGCAUGAAGAAAUGAUUGAGAAACCACAAGUUGAGAAGAAUGAUGGUAAUUUUGCUGAGGCUGUAAAACCUGACACUCUUGUAUCUGAUAAACAAGAAAAUGCUCUAGAGAAUCAAAACCCAAAUCAACAGGAUAUUGAACUAGAAGAAGAGAUCAAGGACAAAGCAGGAGAAGCUGAAGAGAAGAGUGAGAAACAUACUGAGACAAACAAGACAAUAGAAGUCACGGAGAAUGGAAACCACAGGAAUGGUACUGGUGAGGUAAAGCCUUGAAGACGAUUUUACAUUUCUUGCUCUGGCUUUGGCCCUUCAUUUGUCUUUCCGAAUGUAUCCGAUUGCUGGGUAGCUCUGUAAUUCGGAUGUGGUUAAUUGUAGUAAUCUAAUUAUUGACAGAAACAUCCAUCCAUACAAUCAGUAGAUUAGGCUUAUUAUGUUCCAUCACUUGUUGUUCAUUUGUACUGAAUAAAAAUUGUAGCACGUAAUGACCUCUGUAACAAUUAAGUGUAAUAUGUUUGUACUAUUAUAUUGUAAUGUAAACCUUUGUAAGGUAGAGAUCUAUCCAUACUGAUUUAGUUGGAAUCCUUGCUUGAUC